AUGAAUCAACAACAACAACAACAAAAAAUAGAACAACCAAUAAAAAAAGUUUUAACUAGUAUAUAUUUAUUAAAGAAUAUAAAGAAAUGGAUAACUUUAAUACACAAGAUAGAGUCUAGAGAUAUCAUUCGUUAUAGAAUCAUCAAUGAUAAGACACAAUCAUUUUCACCUGUCAACUUGAAUCCAAUAUUACCACAUCCAGAUCUAUUGAUAAAGACAUUCAAUCAAGCAUCAAAGGUUAUUUGGUUGUUGGACAAUGGUUAUGAACAGGUGAUACUUGACAAACUCAGACUAAACCAUUCGUUGCUAUUUGAAGGUAUUGGAUGGUUAGAUCAUAUCAAACCAAAUAGCUUUUCUGCUGUUUCUUUUCAAACCGACAAGAUACGUGACCUUCUCAAUCGUUCCAUCAGAGAGCUUGGUAUCACAGAACAAGAAGAUUUCCUAGACCACAUCUCUAGAAUUGGAAAGACUAGAAACAAGUUGUUAUUUAAUGAAUCGAUUACUAUCUUUCUUGAAACCUAUAGGUUGGAACCUUUUACCAAUCUAUACCAUUUCUACAAACAAUUUGGUCCAAAACUAUAUACAGACAUUAUCAGCAAAGAUGUAUCGUUUCGUGGUGGUGAUCAUCAAAAUCUAUUUGAACGAUACAUGUCUAAUCCACAACUCAGCAUUGGUCGUUUUCUACUUUUCGAGAUAACCAACGAUGCAAUGAUCCAUUUCAGACAACAAGAUAUCAGUCAUAUUCAACUCUUUGAUGUCUAUCAACUAUUGUUCCAACUCAACGACUACUCUCUCUUUCAAAAGGUUCAAUCUUUUGAUCCUCAAAUUGGCUCUGUAAAUCCAUCUUCAUUUGGUGAAUACAUUGCUCAAACUCUUGACGAUAUCAUCAACGUUAAAGAGGAUAACAUCAAGAUUAUAGAAUCUGUCUGGACAAAGUUCUUCCUUCGAACCAUUCCAGAUAGUUUAUUGGAAAGCGCAGUUAAAGAGUUGCAAGGAUUUGAUGACCAAGAAAGAUCCAAACUUUCAAAUGUUCUAAAGGCUAUCGAAACAUGUUUGCUUGUAGUCAAAUUUUUACCAUCAAUAUCGCACGUCAACAAUGCACUCACACAACUAUUAAAGCACUAUGAAAACCCAAAGGUUUUGGAAAUCAUCAUUCAAAUCAUCGUUCCCCAUAUUCCAAUCGACGAUAAAAUAAUGUAUUUGUUUAGAGCUGCCUGUUCAUCGGGUCGUCUACAACACGUCGAAUAUGUCCACGCCAAGAUGAAAGGGAUGGAAUCUUAUCAACACCUAAAGAUCAAACAAACAAACCCACCCGUCACAGAGAAUAUUCAUAUUUUUAAAUACCUUGAACGUUAUUAUCACUAUACUCAAGAGGAUCUUUCCGCCCAACUUGAUUUAGUAAUCAAGGACUAUACAUUUGCUACAUAUAUCAUCCACACUCACAUUCAAAAUUUACCAACCAUUCCGAAAAUGCAUAUUGUCGACGCAAUCACUGGUGGAGAUGUUGACGUGGUUGUUUAUCUUUUGGAAACAUACUACCGUACCAAUUACAUCUUCUUUUUAGAUGAAGAGCUUUUACAUCUAUUUAAACACUCUCACUCUAUCUACUUUCUUGUAAAGAACUUCAAAACACUCAAACAGUGGUUCAACGAAACAACCUUUGGCCAGUAUUCUAGGUGCCUUAUUCACAUGGCAAUCUAUUUUGACAAGUUGGAUAUAGUCAAAUUCCUCAGACCAAGGGAUUGUUCUCUGGAAUACUGUUUUGCUAGCUCACCGGAAUUAAUCACCUAUUGUACAAAGCUAUUGGGUGAACAAGGUUUCUACUGUGAGCCAAAUAGUUGGGUCAAUAUUGGAAGAAUCGGAAACAUUAGAAUAUUGGAAUUGGUGAUUACAAACAACUCAAAUACCACAAAUAAUCUAAAUCAUGUACUUAGGGGAGCCUUUGAAUACGGAAACCUGUCAAUCAUUAGUCAUAUCGAAGAGAAAUAUCAUCUCAUCAAGUACAACGCCACCAAUUUAACCCGUUCAUUAAUGUAUAAUGCAACCAAUAUUGUCGAAUAUUAUUUGACCAACAGAAGCUCCUCUGUUGAUCCACAACUUAUCGAUCUCCUCCUAACACAAGAAAGAAUAGAUCCAAAAAUUGUUAAAUUAUUAAAAGAUCAUAAGAACAAAAUGAUUCUGUUGAAUCCUUCAAAAUUUAAAUGA